AAGAAGCCGCCGUCAUGACGUCGUUGGCCCACCAGCUGAAGAGGCUCGCGCUGCCUCAGAGCGACCCCAGCCUGCUGACGCGCCGCGAGGUCGCCUCGCUCCUCUUCGACCCCAAAGAUGCUGCGUCCAUGGACAGAAGCACCUUCUUCGCCCUCGGCUGCACGGGGCUGGAGGAGCUGCUGGGAAUCGAACCGGCCUUCCAGGAGUUCCAGGAGACCCUGUUCAGCCGGGCCUCGCUGACCCUGGAGCGCAGCGUCCAGUCCAAAGAGGUCAACAAGAAACUGGACGCCGGCAUCUCGCUCUUCCUCACCCGCCUCAGCCCGUACUUCCUCCUCAAACCGGCGCACAAGUGCAUCGAGUGGCUGGUUCACCG